AGUCAUGCGUGUAAGCGCGUCUAUGUAACCUAGCACUUUAAUUGAACAAGAAACGUGCAGUGUUAAUUGAUAUCAACCUAGCUGAUAUGUCAAAUACGUUCAGAACUCUCCCAUACAUGAAAACCUUUGGAAUAAGAUUGAAUCUGAAUUCUUACUGAAACUAUGGCAAGCUGAAUUUUGAAUUUGAUAGUUGUUCACCAUAUUGUGCCUUCUCCCAUGGAUAUCUGGGCUGUGCAUGCACAAUGGAGGAAUAUGACAAGGACGGACGGUUCUACUGAUGGUGUUUCUAUUCAGGUUCGAUGGAGGCCACUCUUCCUUGCAUUCAUUCUACCCAUACUAUUUUCUGCCUCUUUUGGCCAAGUGACCUGUCCUAAUGACUGGAUUAUUCGUCCGAGAUACUGUUACAAACUGUACAAUGAAAGUUUGUCAUGGCAACUAGCAGGAUCACAGUGUAAAUUUGAUGGAGGUUUCUUGACUUCCAUAGUCAACAGACAGGAGAAUGACUUACUAGUAGCGAUGUUCAAAGAUCUGACACCUUUAGCCUGGAUAGGAAUGGAUUCUACAGGACGAUGGUUGGAUGGAUCGAGUUCUGAACAAUUCUACAACGGCUUUAGAUAUGAAACGCUUAGUACUAGCAAGUGCUCAGUAAUUGAUCUUGAAAGAAAUGGAAUAUGGAACAUAUCAGAUUGUCUUGAUUCUAGACUCAAAUUCAUCUGCAAGAUAGAUAAAGAUCGCCCCGAUGAGACGCCAUCUCCUCCUCCGACCCCUCCUGAGAGUAAUUGGUGGGAUGAUGAUGAUUAUGAUGAUUAUUAUGGAUUCUAUCCACCGGGAUCACCUUGGGAUGCAGGAAGAAUCACGUUAUUAGUGGUCCCCCUCCUGAUCGUUUUGGGCAUCAUCCUGUUCAUAUGUUGUGGACCAUACAGAUGUGAACGUUCAAUAACUUGUAUUUGCAACUGUAUAUGCGACUCGCCGGGGCGAUUGUGGGACUGUAUACGCCGCGGACCUGCACAGAUAUACGAGUGGUUGUGUGUUUUAGGACGAGCUAUCCAGUCAUGCUUUGCCUAUAUUUACCGAUGUGUAACCUGUAGAGAACUGCGCAGAAAGCGACGCGAGAGGAGGGAAAGGAUAUCACAUUGUGAGCCUGAAUCACAGGAACCUCUAAAUCGGGGUCCAGUUACCCGCGGAAGUGCUGAUCCAAAUCAUCAGCCAAGGGUUACUCCAUCAGCGCCGCCAUCUGAGCCACCAGCACGGGCCGGUAACGUAACCUCUGAUAGGUCAUUACCGAUGCUUUCGCGUAUGACACCGACAGUGCCCCCACCGUCAUCGCCUCUGUCGCGUGGAGACAGAACAGCUCCGCCGGCCUAUGACAAAGCUAUGGAUUCAAAAUUUGAUAUUCGACCAACCGAUAACCUAGAUGAGACUACGCCAACACCGUCCUACGAGUCGGUAUCUAGAUUAUGAUUCAGUUAGAAUUUAGUAAUCACGUCAUCAUAGAGGUCAUGCAUGAAUAGUCUAUCGUAGAACUGUGUGUGGUUAUAGUUAAAACAACAACAAAAAUGGCGCCGCUCGUAAAUUAUCAAUGUUUACGUUAUAUUUCUCAAAUAGUAUAGUAUACCGCAAAUCCUUUCGGAGUUCUUCGCCCUUCUAUGGAAAAGUCAAUAAUUAUGACUUAAAGACGGUCUAAGUGUGACAUGGGAAAGUAAGUCGUAUGAUUGGGGGUUGGAAUGGCAGAAUAUAAUGUUUGGUAAUCUACAUGCAUAUGAUAUGCAGGGUAUACCGUAGAGAAAUUACGUAGACGAAAUAACGUUCUUAUCAUAAGAAGUACUUUUAUUCUAAGACACUCUUUCAUGAUGACACAGUCUCAGAUUUUUACUUGUUUUUAUAUUCUUUAACUACUUUUUAAAAAUUGAAACCCUUUCUUUUUUAAAGAGUUUGAAAAUGCUCUGAAUUGGUUUUGUGUGUUCUCAUUAUUUUUGUUUACCAUUUUUGAUAAACGUCUAUGUUGUAUUUUCUGAUCCCUUCAAAGUGUUAAAACAGCUUUAACCAGAAGGAACUAUGUAUAACC